AUGUAUGAAAAAGCAGAAACAUCAAGAAUCUUAAUUAAAGUUUCUGCAUGUAUCAUAGACUUUCAUAAGGCAAGGACUUUUAAAACAUGUCCUUGUUCAGGCCCCCCGGGACUGGUAGCAUUCAUGUCCCCUUCUCCCAGUGCAGCAACCUACAGGCCCAGAAGGGCCUCCGCCAGAGCAUAUUGUGCCCGGAGGUCACGGGUGGCAGAAACUGCUGGCCUCUCUUUCGACAACCCACAGGAAACAUUUGCACCUCCAGCACUUUCCACAACAAAGCGGUCCAUGGUAGCAACACCCGUGUAUGGUUCAGAAGCUGUUCAUUACACUGCUUUGUCAUUCUUCCUUCUAUACUGCCUCUGGGAAUCCAGCGAAAGACCCAAACCCUCCUGCUGUCUAUGUUUGUUUAUAGGAAUGGUGGGAGAAUUAAAUGACACUGAGAAUCCUGGAAAUGGGGAGAAACAGACUAAAAUUGAAGGCACCAGGCGAAUGAAGAGAGUGAAGCGUCAUUUAGGAAAUGUCCUAGGAGCUAGGAAUAUGGUGGUGAAAAAAACCAAAGAUCCCACUCCUCAUGGAGUUUAUCUUCUAGUGAUGAGAGGAGACCGAAUGUGGCACUUUGCCAUGUCUGUGUUCCUGAUAGAAUUAUAUGGACAUAAUCUUCUUCUAACAGCAGUGUUUGGCUUAGUGGUGGCUGGAUCUGUAUUAAUAUUUGGGGUCUUAAUUGGUGACUGGAUUGACAGAAAGCCAAGAAAUAAAGUUGCUCAUGCCUCACUCUUCACUCAGAACGCCUCGGUCACCGCCUGCUGCAUUGUCCUGAUGCUGGUUUUCUCUUACAAGAGGGAGAUGGAACAAAUCUGGCAUGGCUGGUUCACUGUGGCCUGUUAUGCAGCAGUGAUCACCCUGGCUGCCUUGGCUAAUCUGGCUGGCACAGCACUGACCAUCACCAUUCAGAGGGACUGGAUCGUGAGCCUCACGGGUGACAACAGAGGACAGCUGGCCGGGAUGAAUGCAGCUGUCCGGCGGCUGGAUCAGGUCAUCAAUAUAUUUGCUCCUCUGUCCGUGGGCCAGGUGAUGGCAUGGGCAUCUCAUGUGAUCGGCUGUGGUUUCAUCCUUGGAUGGAAUUUGGUUUCACUUCUUGUAGAGUUUCUAUUUCUGUCAAGAGUUUAUCAGCUAGUUCCCCAACUGGCUGUAAAACCCCAGCAACAAACGGGAAGGCACUUCCUAGAAAGGCACCAGGAGGCUGUGAACAUUCAAGGUGAAAUACACUCUUGGGAAAUGACUGAUGGACUCACCAACAAGCCCAGAACUUUGGAAAUCCCAAAGGACCACAAGACUACACCUGAAAGAGAACAGGCCACAACCACAGGGUUUCUUCUUUGCCUUCAAAACACGCGAAGGCUGCUCCGCACGUGCCGUGAGGGAUGGGAGGCUUACUGUAGACAGACAGUCUUCCUUGCUGGCUUGGGCUUAGCCUUCCUCUACAUGACAGUGCUGGGGUUUGAUUGCAUCACCACUGGCUAUGCCUACACUCAGGGAAUCGGAGGCUCCCUGCUUAGCAUCCUCACCGCUCUUUCAGCUUUAUCUGGCCUGAUGGGCACAAUUCUCUUCACUCGGCUCAGAGAGCUUUAUGGCCUGGUCACCACAGGAAUCAUAUCCAGCUGGCUCCAUAUAGGUUGUCUAAUGCUCUGUGUGUUUUCUGUCUUUGCUCCUGGAAGUCCUUUUGAUCCAGCUGUUUUCUCACUCCCAUUAAGCAAAAAUUCUUCAAACUAUGAGUUGCUAAAUGAGGACCAGGUACAUGUUUACCCCUUUGAAAGAAAUCUGAAUCAACCUAUCCUGCCGGACAAAAAAAAACGCUCUUCCAUCCACUGGACCAAUAGUACCGUUCUGUUUGAAGGCCAACAGGACCCUGAGCAGCCUGAAUCUUACAUCUCCAUCAUCUUACUCUUCUCUGGUGUGAUCCUGGCGAGAAUUGGCCUCUGGUCCUUUGACCUCACUGUGACCCAGCUUCUUCAGGAGAACAUUCCAGAAGCUGAGCGUGGGGCUGUGAAUGGUGUGCAGUGCUCCCUGAACUACCUCAUGGACCUCAUCCACUUUGUUCUCGUCAUGCUGGCCCCACGGCCGCAGCAAUUUGGCGUGCUGGUCUUCAUCUCCAUACUAUUUGUAACCACUGGGCAUGUGCUGUAUUUUGUUUACGCAAGGAAGUGUAAGAUUAAAAAUGCUCCGGUGAAGAAGACAGCGAGGAAGGGCUCUUGGUCACCUUUAACCUGAGAGAUUGAUGUUCGGUUGUCCUGGAAAUGCAGAUGGCUGUGAUGGAGGGCUCAAGACAAUUGGCCCCUUGCAGAACAGACAAACUCCACU